AUGGCUGCGGGGCGCCGCGCAGCCCGCCUGCCGCCACCGGGCCGCUCUGGCCGCUGCCGCCGCCAGGCCCCAACAGGUUCAGUGUGGGGGCUGUGGGGACUGUGUGGGAGCGGGGGGAGCGUUCCCUCUCCCCGGGAAAGGGCGCCCGCCCUGGCAUUCGCGGUUUUGCCGUUAGGGGAUUUUGGUGAGGAAAGCGAGGUGCUCCUGGGGGCGUACCUCCUCUUUUACGCUCAGGUUACAUCUUUUCAAGGAGUGGCUGUUCGCAGCCUCAGCACAUCCUCCCCUCACGAUCACCCAGAACAUGGAAGAUUAGUUUACAAAGGAAAUUUGGCAAAGGCAGUGUUGGGUGUGAAGUUCUUCUCUUACUCCACCAGCGUAUUCAACCUGUUCAUGAUGCCCUACAUCAUGCUCAAAAGUGGUAUUGGAGUGGAAAGUCUGCUUGUCCAAGCUGCCUUUUAUGGGUUGAUCGGGAUUUUUACGUUUGUAACUCCGGUUACUUUGCAUAUCCUUACGAAAGGUUACGUGAUCCGGCUCUAUUACAAAGAUGAAGCGGACACCUACACAGCCAUUACCUACAAUGCCAUCUUGGCAGAAAAAGUGACUGUUUUCCAUCAGAAAGAUGUAAAGAUUCCAGACAUCACCAAGAUGUUUACAACAUUUUACGCUAAAACGAAGUCAAUGCUUGUUAAUCCUACGCUUUUCCCAAAUCCUCAGGAUUAUAACCAUCUCAUGGGCUAUGACAAAUCCUCAUUUUUUAAAUUUGAGGAUUUAGAGGAGGUUAAGGAAGCUGAUGAAAGAAAAUAAUUUGAAGAUGUCAGCGUCAUUGUCUAUAAUGCAGUACCUAUAUACGUGAAAGAAUGUAAAAAUCUAUUACACUUGCUUAAGUAUCAGGUAGCUGGAGUUUUCUGUAUGCAUUUUGGAAUGUAUAAAAAGAGACACUUUUUUAAAAAUAUUGCAAACAGUGUGAGGAUUUCUUUAGAGUUAAUGAUAUAAAAUACAGUAAAAAAAGAGAUCCUUAGCUCUGUCGUUUGCUUGUUUAUUGUUGGUUUGAUUUUUGUUGUUAGCUCUCCAGAGAACUGUAAAAUGCAUGAGCUGUGUGGCAGUCUCACCAUCUCCAUGUCAAAAGAAACCAUUCAUGAUAGACAAAUCAUCAACGUUCAUUACCUAUCAAAUAUGUAAAAGAUGUUUAUCCUUAAGUAUUAAUUGUACGUAAUCUGAAAAUACUGGGCUUUUGUCACUGCUGGUGAUGGUAAAAAGGAAGUGAACAUGCCUUUCCCUUCCCUUUGUGAGACCAUCAGUCGCCAAGGGGAGUCUCUGGGAAGCAGACAGGUAUUCCUAUGAAUUCCUGCUCCUACCUCUUCCCAAAGGAGCAAAGAACAUGAGGAGAAUGGCAGUAUAUAUAUCUAUAGAACAGUAAGUUCCAGCUAUUGAAGUCCACUCUGAGCAGCCCUGUCCCCAAAGGUGGAGAGCAAGAAGCCUCUCUUCUUGGGCACAGGAAAGCGCUGGCAUAAUAUUUGCUCAGUGAGCUUCCCACUGGCACGAGGUGCUGUAUUUGACUCGACAAAGAAAAUUCUAGCAGCUAGUGGUUAAAAUGCAUUCUGUCAGCGUUUUUGUAUGGUGGGGAAGCAAUUGUGCCUUUAAAGAACACACCUCUUGGUUUUCAGCACUGCGGAAAAAGCCACCUUUCACUCAACAAAAAAGGGGUCUGGUCUUUUUGUGCUAUUGAGUGUGUAGAGGUUGGAUUUAAAUUUUGUAGCCCAAGGCACAUAAACUGACAGAUACUUGUUUUCAAAGCAUGAAGGGCCUAAAUACUUUGAGACAUAAAAACUACCAAAUUGAAAAAAAAAACCCCAAAUUAAAAUGAAUCCUUUUGUGUUAGCAGUGCCCUUUGUAAUAAGAAAAUCUGAUGCUUGCUACUAGUCAUCCUGAUCUUGCAAAUAAAAAAAUUUAGCUAACUUUCAAGCUGUUUCCUAAGUUGUAGGAUUUAGAGGAAGAAAAACUGAAUUUAAAAGUUUAAAUGUCUUCCAGUACUAUUAUUUCAAUUUCCCUUUGUAGGAUGACAUCAUAGAUGUUAAACCAGGGUUUUGCAUGUUGCUUUUCUGACUGCCCUCAAUGUACUUGCUUAGUAAUUAAAAAGCAAAUCGUGUCAUCCCAA